AUGCACCGCGUCCUAGGUCUUCCAAAUGUCGCAGCAGUAAUGGAUGACAUUCUUCUCUGGGGCAAGACUAAGCAAGAGCACGACCACAAUCUACAGCUUCUUCUAACGCGCUGCCGAGAACAGAAUCUUCGACUAAACUUGAAGAAAUGCUUCUUUUUGCAGCGAGAGGUGCGCUACCUGGGACACGUGCUCAGCGCCGAAGGCCUGCGUGUGGACGCCCAUCGUGUUCAAGACAUUCUGGAAAUGCCGACACCAAGAAACUCCUCUCAACGCUCCCUGCAAGAUUUACUAGCAGCAACUAAUGAUGACGACACCCUCGUAAAGCUACGGGACUACGCGAAUACAACGUGGCCGCUUCACAAGCAAGAAGUCCCAGAGCCACUUAGGUCGUAUUGGGCGUACCGGGACGAGAUACAUGCACAGGACGGCCUCGUGUUUCGAAGCAACAAGGUAAUUCGAGAGUUUCGUACAACAACUGCAAGCUCUCUUAACACGUGGUGUUCUCAAAUUUUCUCGGUCCAUGGCUUGCCUAGGAAGCUGUGCCCUGACAAUGGUCCGCCUUUUAACAGCAGUGAGUUUAAGGACUUUCUCAACACCUUGACUGUUAAUCACAUCACCUCAAGCCCCUAUCAUCCCCGUUCCAAUGGCAUGACGGAGAGAGCGGUUCAGGAAGCAAAAAAGCUGUUAAACAAGUGUUCCUUUAAAAUGCCUGUGUUUCAAAUGGCAUUGCUUGAAUGGCGCAAUACCCCACGUGAUGAUGUGCUCCAGUCCCCCGUGCAGAGGCUGAUGGGACGCCAGACUAGGACGCUUCUACCAGUACCUACCAGCCACUUGGAACCACGGACAAUUCCCCCUUACAUGGUCCAGGGCCGCCUUCAAGAAAUACGCCAACGACAGAGGACCUACUACAACCGUGGCAGCAGGAACUUGCCGCCUGUGAUGCCAGGUCAGCAGGUCACAGUGUACGAUACAAACCAGCGGACCUGGUCUCCCGCCGUCUUUCUCCGAACAGCCGAUGAACACCGCUCAACGAUCGUCAAGACUGAAGACGGCCGGGAACUUCGGCGCACACGAGAGCACCUCCGCCUGGUAGACCCGCAUCCGGAAGCAAGCCUCGUGCCCGAAGACGUAUCUUCCACAGAGCCCCCGCAAGAACUACGGAGAAGCACAAGACUUCGACGCGAGCCCUGUCGGUACCCUCAACAAGAGACACGAAUCUGCGUUGAUCUGACCAAGCUGAACGAAGUCAUCGAAAGGAAGCGCUUCAUCUGGCCGACGGUGGAACAGAUCCUCGGCGAGCUGGGUGGAGCGCGAGUAUUCUCCAAGUUGGAGGCGCGGUCUAGUUUGCAUCAGGUGAAGCUUAGCGCCGACAGCCAGGAGCUCACGACAUUUAUAACGCCGUUUGGCCGGUUUCCUGAAGUAGUCUCCGUGGGGUCCACCACGGCACCAGCAGUCAUCGCGGCGAUCAAGAGCUGUAUUGCCAGUUUUGGCAUACCAGACAUCGUCCGGACCGACAACGGACGGCAGUUUGUGUCCAACGAGUUCGCCGAGUUUUCGGGGUCAUACGGUUUCCGUCACGAGACCAGCAGCCCGAGGUACCUGCAGAGCAAUGGAGAGGCAGAGCGCAUGGUGCGCACAGUGAAAGACUUGCUCUUCAAAGGUCCUGAUCCCUACCUUGCGUUACUGUCGUACCGUGACACGCCCGGCCCCAACGGCAUUUCCCCGGCUCAAGUCCUGGUUAUUAAGGAGGGAUUUGGCCGCACUUACUAG